AGCAAGUCAAACACGCUCACACUCACUCUCUCACUCACUCACACGCACACACGCACACACUCACACUCCUCCUCUAUCUUUAGCGCAGCGGUGGAUUACCCUGUGCGCACUGUGGACAGACGGAGCUCCGGUGCGACCUGUUCGGCUUAACCGUGUCGCGCGUCUCGCUGAAGCCUCCGUCACGUAGAACAAGUCGACGCGUCGAAACCACACAGAGCAGAGAGCUGCGAUGGGGGAAUGACAACAACCUCCGUCUGCGGUUCUCCGUGCCCGAGAAGAAGAGUCCGAGGAUGCUGCUGCUCUCCAGCCCGAGGAGCGGACGCCUGCGCCGGGCCUCGCUGCUGCUGCUCGCUGCGGUGCUGCUGUGCGUGGUGUCCGUCAGCUGUGGCCUUCCAGCUGGCCAUACAUGCCCUCACUAUCUAGACUGUGCCAAAGAGGGACGCCACUUCUGCAAGCCGGGGUCCUCCCACUGUGGCCCCUGCCUCUCCCCGCUGCAGGAGAACGAGGAGGGACGCUGUGUAGAGAGGAGGAGGCACCAUCAGCAUGUGACUCUCUACCCGGACCUGGACGAAGAGAUCGAUUUCCUUCAGUCUGUCAUCGAAAAACAGGAAGUGUCAGAGAUCAAAACUCCGAAGAAGCAGUCCAAACAUCCUGGUGAGAACUAAGAGAACG